UGUAUUUUCAGUUUUAGUAAUAGCAAGCAAAGCACAUAAAAAUCAUUAUGGUCUUAGCAGAGAUUCCAUAAAUCAUAUGAAUUUUAGAAUUAUUUUAUAGUUGAAUUUCGUUGACUAUAUUCAGAAAUAAAAUUUUGAUGCAAAUUAUUGCUAAUUCACUUUGCUUGGCAACCGAGCCAAUUAACGCAACAAAUUUCUCAGUCAGGGGCAAUUAAUCAAGCCAAUUAUCUAAUCAAAAUAAGAAUCAAGACCAAUGCAAUCAAGAGUCCUAUUAAAGACUACUGGUGAUAAGAUAGCAUCUGCAAUGUGGUCACCAGUUUUCAAAAUCUUUACGUCUUUGCAUUCAAUAGAGGCAUUUCGAUCUCUGUAAAUCAAAUACCUGGGGUUAGCUGUGCAAAGAGGACUUGUCAACAUGAUUUCAAGGUGUAUCUUCUUCGUGCUUACCUUCUUCGUGCUUACUUUCUUUCUUUCAUAUUCCAUCCAAAUGCGUACAGACAGUUUCUAUAUAAGACAUUAUUCUGGAAAAUGCCUUGCUUUGAAAAAGGCCACUGGGACGUUGGUAUUCCAGUCGGUUUGUAGAGACAAAUUCCGAUGGCAAGAUGGAGCCAGAAUCAUCCACAUACCAACAAAGAAAUGCAUUCGCCCUGCAUCGGCAGCUAGUGGAAGUAAGAUUGGCUUAUCUGAUGAAUGCAAUGAAAUUGGCAGUCUUUUGAGGUAUGACAAAAGCUCUUUUGCUUUGAAACAUCCUCGAACUGGCUUCUGUUUCCACGGUGUCAAUGGCAAGUCAAGUACAAAUGAAGACGAAGAACUGACUUAUAGCACUAAAUGCAAUCAGGACAUAAACCGUUACUAUUUUCAAAAGAAUGUCAGAUUUGUGAUUCGUCAUUACACUACCAGUUUUUGUUUGGUCCACGACAAAGCUGAUAAUUUCCUAAAGCUCCAAAACACAUUCGUUUGUGACCGCUUUGAAUUCGUUAACACGAAAAACUUAAGACACGUGGCGACAGGAAAAUGUGUGGAGAGGAAGGUUGGUUCCAUUUACUUGAUUCUGUCAAAAAACUGCUCUUCCGACCAAACAAAGUAUGAACUAAAGCAGAAUCUUCUCAUUGCCAACCCAGCAAGUGGCAAGUGUGUUCAUGCUGACGGUGGGAGAAUCGUACCUGGCUUUAAAGUAUCUCUUUAUGAAUGUUGGACUGAUGACCUAUACAAGUGGAACUUUUACGAUGAUCGAGACAUCGUGAAGGUGAAAGUGAUUUCCGAAGACUGUACUGAUCUUAGUUAUGACUGUCCUAGAACGAGGGCGCAGAUCUUUGUGAAUGGUUACCAGUACAGCCAACAAUUAAUAGGAAUAAAUGUUGCUGUAUUUGAUUACCGAAGUAGCAUUCUAGAAAGGUCAGAAGGUUACGAUAUUUGGGGAGAUCCUCUUAAAAUAGAUGCCUUAGCAACCAUGCUAAACAGUUUGGCUCCUGAUAAGUUAUUAAUUUUUUGUGCCAAGGAUGCCAUAAAAAUGACUACAAGCUUAGCGAAUGAGCUACAGAAAGUUGGCGUUUCUGCAUCUGUUACUGAAAUUGUUAAAGAUGACUUAACAUCAGAGAGAAUUUCGCUAGCAGCUAUCUUUUAUACUGGAGAUACACGAAUGGAAUGGGAAUACUCGACAAGCAGCAGGGGAGAAGGGGCUUCUAUCAUAGAAACUACUUUGUACCCUUUUCGAGACUACAAAGGCUUUACCGGUUGCAGCGAAGAAAUUGGCCUCAGAAUAGGAUACAUACCAGAUACGGGGAUUUCAGCCCAAUCUGUUUUUGAUAAUAAUCUCUCAAAAUUUGGUACGCAACAUGCGAGACUGCACAGUGCUGAAUCCUGGUGCGCAGGCCGAUCUUCAUCAGUGUCUGUAUACUUGCAAGUCGACAUAGGUAUGCUGAAAUUCAUUUCUGGGGUUGCGAUUCAAACAUCACAAUUAAGCCGUGAAAGCCUCCAUCCAGUCAAACGAUUCUAUAUUAGUUACAGCAAAGAUGGAGUCAAGUGGACUGAAUUUUCGGAAGAUGGAACUAAUCGAAAAGUUUAUUCAGGUAAUAUCAACCUCAAGAGCCAUGUAAAAGUAAACUGGUUUCUAAGAACACAGAUGCGUUUCAUUAGAAUUGUGCCAUUGGAAAGGCAAACUGACGAAGGCACUCAUUGCAUAAGAAUGGAGUUAUUUGGAUGCGACUCGGGCGAAGUUGUCUUCGAAGAAACUUUUUCUGCCUCAAGCGGAAAAGAAAUUGGGCAGCGUGUUUCAGGCAAGUUUUCAUUUCAAGCAGGUGCCCCAUUAACGCGUCAAGUAAACGUUUACGUGUCUACAUCUGAAAAUCAAACAAGUCUUGCGAAACACAUAGAGCAGUAUCAUUUUCAGGACAUAAACCAGACAGUAAGGGCAAGCAAGAACAAUUCACUAUCGGCAAACGCAGUGAAUAUAACGUAUGUGACAGCUAACAGACUGGGAAUGAAAAGCGCAGCAAGAAUACAUUUCAACUUGCCAAAUCUUACAGAUCAUUACAUUUAUGACAUUUGGAUUCGAUGUUGGGUAGUUGACUCGAAGUUGAAUUCCAGCACUGUUUGGAAUACAUACUCGUACGAAACAAGUGAUAGAGUUUUGGCUGUAGCGCUACCAUUCGCAAUCAAACGGAGAACCCAGGAUUACUCUUUAAUCGCUCUGAAUAUCAGUACAGCUCCACAAAAUGCAAUAGCCAGUGGUGAUCGCAUUGUACUCAACAUUUCGUUGACACCUUGGAUGAACGCAGCUGAGAUAGGACACUCGAAUGCAUACGAAUUGGAUCUGUUGGUCUACUUCGAAGAAACUUUUCUUAAUCUCCGCUCUAUUGAAUUUCUUCGAUUGGAUGACGGCAGCCUUCUUCCUUCCCGAAAUACCACCUCUUUUGGCUUUAUUCGAAUAGAAACCGACACCUUUGGACCCAUAAGCAAGCAGAAUUUUCAGCUCACCUUUGACGUAAGCAUUCCUUCUUCGAUUAACAAGGACAGCAAAUGUAAUACGAAUAUCAUCUGGGAGUUCAAGUAUCGAACAAAUUUGUUGAAAUACAAUGGAGAAUUGAAAAAGGUUUUAGAAAAUCUCCUCCCAUUCAACUGUCAAAUACCAAACAAGGCAAGAGCUGUGACGUCAACGAACCGUCUUUCCCUACCUGCUUUGAGCAUAGUCUAUGAUGAUGUGAAUAACGACGUCAUCAUUUGCAAAAAAGAUCUUUCUUUAGCAACAUAUUAUCAGGCAAGCUGUUUCUGGCAAGGAAGCAACAACCUCACAUGGCAAGCUAUACCAAUGAUGUAUUCCGUUGUGGGCGUUGACACAAGUAAGCGACACCUCUAUGGCAUUGACAAUGCAGGUGAAGCAUAUGUUCGUUCUAGCUAUGAUUUCAAAAGUGUCAAGUUUGUUCAGGACGACGAGUGGACAGCCAUCCAAGGUCAUGACUCUAUCAGAAAGGCCAAAAGCACAGACAACCUAGCAGCAUUACCAAUCAGUCCUACAGAUAACUGGAUACUGCCUUCUCGUGAUAAUCAAGUUCUUGCAGUAACAGCUGGAGGGGUAAAAAGAAUGUUCAGCAGUGGCUGGAAAGAAACUGUUACGUUUUGAAAGAUGGGUUUUGUUUGUACGGUUUCUCCUUCAUGCAGAAAAUGGAAGACAGGGAUAUUUAUUCCGCUAUUUUGAGAUUUUCUCAAGUACUUAAAAGUUAUUAUGCUUAAACUUAAACAAAAAACUUAAACUAAAAAACCGUGGGGGCUGUGGGGGUGCGUAAGGUUUUGGAAAGGAGCUUUGGGGGCUGAUAAAAUUUGACAAAGUCUUCUGGUGUAAGACUGCAGUGUUCGAUUAAAACAUUCUUAGUAUUGAAACAUUUAAAACAAUACGCUCCAUAUUUUGAAUAAGUGACAGCGAUGCGUUAUUCAAAGAUUUGGCGAAAUCAACCCAACUGACAACAUGAAUGAUUAACUGUUAUAGUCGGGUGUCAGUUUAGAAUAUAAAGAUUAAGAUGGCGCUUGCAAUUUGGAAUGAUAGAAGA